AUGGCGACACCUACAGCUCCCGCGUCUGAGCAUCCCGAGACCAUUUCGAUCUCUCCACUACUUCGACGCCUUGCCUACCCCGCGGCAGCAGGUAUUCGCGUGAGCGCAGAAGAUCUCCCUGCAGUCAGUGCAGAGGAGAUCGCUUCUGCUUUUGCUUUGAUUUUUGAGAACCGGCUCUCUCAAAUCCAGCUCGCUGCUCUCCUCACACUGCUUCACUCGACCGGCAAGGACAGAGAGGCGGACGUGAUUGCGAAAUGCUCUCACUGCAUGCGAGAGGCUGCCUGCCGGGUGGAAAAAGAGCCAAUCAACAAGAUCAUUGAAUCUCGUGGAAUGGCGGAAGGAAACUAUAAGGGUGGAUUGUGUGAUAUUGUUGGCACCGGAGGAGAUUCUCACUCAACCUUCAACAUCUCUACGACCUCCUCAAUCGUCGCCUCGCCCCUUCUGUUGACCGCCAAGCAUGGAAACCGCGCUCAAACAUCGACCUCGGGAGCCGCCGACGUCCUCAGUGCCAUUCAGCCCAUACCGCCCAAGAUUGCUGCCGUAAAGGCUGAGAACCUCGCAAAGGUCUAUGAGAAGACCAACUAUUCGUUCUUGUUUGCCCCGAACUUCCACCCGGGAAUGGUGCACUCGAACCCCGUCCGCAGAGGUCUCGGUCUCCGAACAAUCUUCAACCUAAUGGGUCCUUUGGCCAACCCCGUCGACUGGGCGCUGGAAGCUCGUGUGAUUGGUGUGGCAUACCAGAGCCUGGGUCCGGUAUUCGCAGAAGCCUUCAAACAGAGUGGAGCGAAGAAAGCCAUGAUUGUAUGUGGCUUAGAAGACAUGGACGAGAUCAGCUGCGCUGGAAAAACAAACUGCUGGAGGCUUUCAGAAUACCCGAACCCUGAUUACAAGCCGUCACAAGACGGAGAGGAUUCAGAUGAGGACGACAGCAGCAACCCCCGGACAUUGGUCAAGGUCGACACAUUCCAGCUCCAGCCAUCGGACUUUGGCCUCUCUAGCCAUCCUCUCAGUGAAGUGGGUGGACGCAAGAUGCCCAAGGACAAUGCGGCCAAGCUAAUGAGCAUCCUCCGGAACGAGCUGCCACGGGAUGACCCCAUUUUGGAGUUCGUUCUCAUGAACGUAGCAGGUCUACUCGUCACCUCCGGUAUUUGUGAGGCCGAGACCAGCAACAUGGGACCUGGGGACGAUGGCAAGGUCAUCACCGAACGUGGCCCUGGCGGAGGCCGCUGGAAAGAAGGCGUGCGCCGCGCACGUUGGGCAAUUGAAAGCGGAGAGUCUUUGAAGAACUUGGAGCGAUUCGUUGAAGUGACUAACCAGCUCUAA